UAGACCAUCAGCUAGUGAAUAAUUGGCUAUUAAUGCACAUUAAACAAACAUUUAUAUUCCAAUAUUUUCAUAUAAAGCAACCACAACAUUUAGAAAAAUGAUCACUGAGUAAAGUUUUGGUAGAGAUACAGCAUACUAUAGAGGCAUUCUUCCAGCAUCAACUAUAUAAACCUGCAGGUAAUUACAGAAGGAACUUUCUACACAUCUGAAAAACCCAGACUAUCAGCUUUGUGAAGAAAUUUUUUAUUCAUUUCCAACUUGUCUCAGGAUCGAGAGGAAAUGAAUAACACAACAAAUCAACAUAUGUCUUUUAAAAAUUAUGCAUUUGGAUUAAUAUUUUACAGUGCUACAGCUGUUUCAGCAUUUGCAAUUAUUCUUAACUUUAUUGUUAUGGUAAUCUUUGCUACAUCAAAAAAAUUAUGGAAAAAACAAAAUAUCUUCAUCUUUUCUUUGGUAAUGACUGAUAUUUUAGGUAAUUUAGGUAUGUGUCUAGGUGUAUUUGAAAAAUCUACAAAGGAAAACAUUCACUACGAAAGUCAUGGUAAUCAUGGAGAAGUUAUAUGGAUAUAUGUAGCAUUUUCAAGUACCUCUAUGUUGACUUUAGCUGCAGUGGCUAUGGAUCGUUUUAUUGCUCUGGUCUGGAAACCUUUCAACUAUGACUGCAUAAUUACAGUCAGACGUUGCAUUAUUGUCUGCAUUAUGCUGUGGAUCAUUCCAUUUAUCACAUACUCUUUGAUUGGCGUACAGCACAUGACCAUGUUAUUCUCAAUCUCUUUUUAUCUUUCCUUACUUCUAAUCAGCUGUCUUUACAUCAAAAUUUUCCAAUGUCUGAAUAAAUCGAAUUCUGCUGUUCUUCAACAAAAUCCAGAGGAGUGUAAACGAUCUAAGAAACUUUUGAAGACAUUCCUGAUCAUCAUAGGAGCGUUCGUUAUCUGCUGGCUGCCAAUUUCUGUUCAAAAUGUUAUUUUCACAGCUGGUGAAUGUGGCAAUUCUAAGAACUGUUUAACUAUUUUAUCUAUCUUUAUGAAUAUAUCCACAUUGAACUCAUUGGCCAACCCCAUCAUAUACUGGUUAAGACUAAGUGAAUUCAGAUCUGCUGUCCUCACCUUUUUUCAACGAUGGGUAGUGCCUGUAAAUGUUAUCACUCCAAGUGGACCAGCUUAAAAGAAGUCAUAAAUUUUAUGUUUUUACAAGCAGUUUGGAAGUAAGGAAUCAUGGAAAAACAAUUUAAAAAUGUAAAUAAACAAGGGAACUACACAUUACACCCAAAAACUGUAAAACAUAGAAUAAGAUUAGUAUUAAAGAAUAUUUAUUUAAAAUAAUUAAGCUUUUAUGAAUAGCAUCAGAUUAUGGUACAUAUAGCUCUAGCAUGGGAUUUAUCAAUCUCAGCUUAGCAAAUGUCUUAAGUUAAAAAAUUUAAACUGUCCCUAAUAAAUAUCAUAAGUUGAUUUAUUACCAAAUUUUAUGUUUGUACAAGCAGUUUGAAGUAUAAGGAGUCAUGGAAAAACAAUUUAAAAGAUGUAAAUAAACAAGGUAACUAAACGUUACACUCAAAAACUGUAAAACAUAGAAUAAGAUUAGUAUUUAAGAAUAUUUAGUCGAAAUAAUUAAGCUUUUGUGAAUAGCAUCAGAUUAUGGUACAUACAGUCUGGCCUGGGAUUUAUCAAUCUCAGCCUUUACCAAAUGUCUUAAGUUUAGAAAGUAAAAUGUAAGUAAUAAAUAUCUUAAGUUGAUUCAUUACCAAAUCUUAGCAAAAUGUAUGCUUAAAAAUCAUCUUAGAUGGUGCCAACGUACAAUCAACUUUCUAAUUAUAAGCAAUUUUUAAGCUAAACAAUAUGGAUAAAUUUUACUUAAGCAAAAAUUGGUGAAUGAUGAAUUUAAGCUGAUUUUUAGUUUGAUAAUCCAAAAUCAUCACAAAUAUUCAAUAAAAUGACCAUUUUCUUUCAAUGUGUUUUUGCAAAUUUAAACUUAUGUAGGUGAUGUGUAAAUUCUUAAUUCACAUCAUUAGUGUUUAGCUCCUUGUCAGCUCAAAAUAAUUAAAAACUAUAACUUGAUUUCUUAUAAAUCACACACAGAUAGUUCCAAUGAGCACACCACUAAAUUACUAUGGAAGAUUCACCUAGGGAAUAAAAUAACUGUUUAUUUCAGCAAUGAUAUUGUUUAACAUUUGAAACCAUUUUUAAAAACAGGGGCGGAUUUUGGGAGGUCAAGGCCCGCCUUCCACCCCCUACCCUUUUGGAAGGUAAAAAAGAAAAAAAAAAAAAAAGGAAGAAAAAGAAAAAUAUGAUCGCCCAAAAUGACUCAGAGGUUAUUUUCAGCUGUCUAGAACAACAAUUUCACGGAUCACCCUAGGAUAGUAUUAUCUCAAUCAGUCCCCUCACUUUCACCACACUGGAUCCGGCCCUGAACAGGAUGCCCCCAUCUGAAAUUUUUGAAAGAAAUACUGACUCCUAAGCUUCUAUUUUCAAUGGGGUCCAAAAUAACUUGACUAUAAUUGCUUUAUAAGUCAAUCACCCUGUUUUAUAUUAUAGGCUAUAUAUUAAGUCAAAUUGCCAUGCUGCAGUGGUCAGUUGCUCAGUGAUUAAUAAGGAGUUUUCGAUGCACGACGUUAACGUUACCUUUAACAGAUGAUGUCAUAAUUCAUUCAUCUUGCAUUGCGGAGUACGUUAAUUUCAGGUUUUUACGUGCUCAACGUUCGUUAGUUACGGGUUUGCGCAUGCAUAUUUUGAUUUGUUUACAAAAGGGGCGGAGCUAUCGCGCUGCACGUUGGAUACUAACGUUAAAGUUAACGUCGUGCAUCGAAAACUCCCAAAUAUAUUAACUGUACAUGUAGUAGUACAUGCACUAACAUUGUUCACAGCUCUUCACCAUAAUACAAUUAAGAUAAUGAAUUGAUUGUUGUUGAUGAAGUUAAGGAGGCCUAUCCUCCGGGUAGACAUUUGUUUAAAUACUAUUGCAAACAUUUUAUAAAUUAUUUUGACGUUGUCUUCUGUUUUCAGUCCAUUUAUAAGUCAAUGCCUUGGUAUUUCAUAACCAUAAGCCUUUCUAGGCCUUGGCACAGCAAAAUCAACUUGUUGAUGGUGUUUUAAUAUCAAUUAAGAUGAUUAAUUGAUUGUUGUUGAUGAAGUUUACGGUAGGCCUAUCCUCCGGGUAGACAUUUGUUUAAAUACUAUUGCAAACAUUUUAUAAAUUAUUUUGAUAUUGCCUUCUCUUUUCAGUCAAUUUAUAAGUCAAUGCCUUGGUAUUUCAUAACGAUAAGCCUUUCUAGGCCUUGGCACAGCAAAAUCAACCUGUUGAUGGUGUUUUAAUAUCAAUUAUCUUAGACAAUACCACCCAUGACAUGUUUCUAAAUAAAACAACGUAUCUGUAAUUAUCGUUAAUAACUUUGCAAUACACCAACGGUUGUAAUUAAACUUUUACAUAUAAUUAUGCUGUCUAUAGGUACAUAGUCAUGCAAAAAGUUUAUUGCCAAGUUGCAAACAUGCAAACUUAAACUCUGUUUUUUUUGAAAAAGUGAAAAUUUUCAGUUACAUAGUUUUGCCACGGAAUGGACAACUAAUAAUACUAUUGUAUAUUUAAUAUAAUAAUAACAAUAUGCGACUUGUAAAUGUGUAGUGUUGAUAUUAAAAUGUGUUUUAGAUAGCAUAUGCACAAAGGAUUAUUAAAAAUAUAAAAAAUGUAAAUUUGAUUUUGUCCAAGUGGUCGUAGCUGUCUGGGCAGGAUUUGACCCUUUACAGGGAGAGCGUUUAAGCCUCCUGCUACCUCUUGCACUACCAGUUAGCAUGGACUUUUUUAUAUUAAAAAAAAAUAUAUAUAUUAUUAUUAACAUGUACUUUUGUGUAUAAUCUUCUUUUUGUAUGAGGAACUUAACAGAAAGAAAAUGUCAUUUCAGACUUUUGUUGGGAGUUCUAAGUAAUUAGUCAGUAUAAAUAUAACUCUGUAACUUUUUACUGUUGUACAUUGUCACUGUGUAUGUUGUUUAAAUGAUCAAAAUACAGCUAAAAUUAAAUGUCUUGGAGAUUGGUAAUGGUAAUAAAAAAAAUUGUUUUUAACACUAA